AACCGUCAACCUCUGUGUCAACUUUAUAAGAACCAACACUGAAACAAAUCAAGCUUCACUGGCUCUAGCGGGAAAUCAUGCUGCAGCGGCACACAGCAAAUACACAAAGAAACAAAUGAAACAAAACAGAAAUGAAUUUGAAUGGAAAGGCACCGGGUGUGAUUUUCAUAAGUAUCUCUGUUCUGUUAAGCACUGCCUCAGCCGAGAUGAACCAGAAGUUUAGCAGAGGACUUCGACUUCUUGUGGAGGCUCCACAUGUCCGUGUUGAUCGCCUGGCGACUCCAAAGGUGGUUGUUCUUCUGCCUGCUGGAGUUCAGAAGCAGCGCUCGGAGAGAGUGAUACUUAUGUGUGUCAUCACCGGGUUACGGUCAAAGGCGGUGAGGAUCACGUGGAAGGUGAACGGAGCAACAGGCCUCAAAAAACACGCCAGCUCUCCACAAGUGCACAGAGAACCCGGAGGAACGUUCUCUGCUGUGGGACUGUACACGGUUCUCGCUCAUAAAUGGAGUCGUGAGAAUAUGUACAGGUGUGAAGUGACAUACAAAGGACCAUUUUACUAUGAUAAGGUAGAGUCGUCUCUCUGCAGACCUCUGGAAAUUGCAUGAGAUCCACUCCCUUAAUAUUUCACUGAAAUAUCAAAAGGGAGAAAUGAUAAUAAAAAAAAAAAAUAAAAAAAAGUUCUUUAACAAAAAAGAAUUUAGAUUUUCCAUUUUGCUUCCAAAUUGUCAUUAUAGCUGAUGCAUUUGAAUGUUUUCCUUGUGUAGCCUACACGUUAUCCGAAUAUGGCGAUUUUAAGACACGUCAGGCAACCGUUUCUGGUUUUAUGUGAUGCAAAUCAUGAAAUCUGUAUAUACCUUUUAUUUUGGCAUGCCUUUUUUGGUUAAAUAGACAAAUUUUUCUGAUUUUAUGUGACGCAAAUAACAUGACUGUUUAUUAUAAAAAAUUUAAAAAAUAAUUUUCUUUAAACAAAUCUAUUGUUGUAUCCUUUAAAUUUCAAUUAAAAUGUAUAUACAUUA